GGCGGAUGGGAGCCGGCGGACAGCGGCAGUGGGGUACAGACAGAGCAAGAUGUGCGGCAGAGGGGUGUCAGGGCUCCUGUCCGGGGUGGCUGUUGUCCUCCUGCUGCUGCUGCAGGGUGCACACUCAGUCUACAUUCAGCACCAAGGCUUCCAGGUCCAGCUGGAGUCAGUAAAGAAACUUAGUGACCUGGAGAAGCAGUGGGGGCCCAACCCCCGCCUCCAGACUCAGAGACUCACGCCCUUCGUGUGUCACCACCCGGCCCUGCCGCCGGACCUCCAGCCUGUCUGCGAGUCGGAGGAAGCUGCCCGAGUCUUCCAGGCCUUGAAGAGCAUCGCUAACGACGACUGUGAGCUGUGUGUGAAUGUCGCCUGCACCGGCUGCCUCAGAGAGGGCCGGCUGCCCUGAGCCCACCCAGACACUGCCCCCAGCCCGCUGCACCCCCCACCCCGUCCGAGCCCUGGGGGGCGCCUGAGUGAAUCACUGCCACCACCGGCCGGAGGCCCGAGUGACUGGACUGGCACAACACGUUUGGACAUGUGGUUGGAGGGGAGUUUGGCCCCUGAGGCAACACUGCUGCCGAAUAAAGAUGCCCCAGCUACCUACACCCCGA